GCUGUUACCUGUGGCGAAUGAAAAGAGAUGAGGAAAUAAACUGGAAGUGUGGAAGAAUGUUUUGUAAAUGAACAAAGCAGGUAAAUGGACUUCCUGACUCUUUUCGGGAUCUAUGUGGUGGUGGUGCUCACCUGCAUCGCCCUGGUGUGUAAAUACUCAGGCCAGCAGCACACUCCUUUAAGCCGAGUCUACAACAAGCUCUCUGAGGUAGUUUCUCCUUGGAUUCCACAAUGCUUUCAAAAUAUUUGUUACAGGAGCAUGCACAGACUCUUCCACCAGAGAAACAGGUUCUUCAUUUACUUACACAUUGUUCUUGAGACUGUUGUGUAUGGAGAAUUUUCCUACGAGAUCUUCGGGUUCUGUUUAGAAAUGGACACCACAUUGUUUAACGCAUGUCUUCCAUAUGUCUUCCUGGCAAUCAAGUCAUACAUCUUUUACCUGUGCUGUAGUAAAGAUCCAGGUACACUGACAAAGGAAAACCAUGCAGUCCAAUUGAAGGUGUACCAGUAUGAUGAGAAGUUGUAUCAGAAAGGAAUCAAUUGCCAAACGUGUCAGUUUCUGAAACCUGCCAGAUCUAAACACUGUAGUGUAUGUGACCGAUGUGUCCAGAGAUUUGACCACCACUGUAUAUGGGUGAAUAACUGUAUUGGUGCUCAGAACACUAGAUUCUUCAUGCUCUACCUGCUGAGUGUAUGUGCCAUGGCAUGUGAUAUUGCACUUCUCACAGUAGACAUGUUGUUUCAUACUGUUGUACGAUCUGGAAUCAUGCACGCAAAUUACAUUGAUGCAGAGGGUCUGCGUCAGCCUGUUGGACCACUGUUUGUCGUUCAGCAUCUCUUCAUAACCUUCCCCAGGAUAGUCUUCAUGCUUGGAUUCGUGGUAUUUGUGUUUUUCCUCGUGGCGGGAUACACUAUGUUCCACUGUUACCUGGCUCUGGUGAAUCAGACAUCUAAUGAAUGGUUCAAGCGGAAAGGCCACGGCUGCCAGUACUGCAGUCCUGUCUCUGGACGUCAGUGUCAUACUUCCCACAACCCUUUGCGUGGUUUUUAUCACAGAGGAGUCCUCAAAAAUAUUGGAGAAAUAAUUUGGCCUUCAUGUCCUACUCAGAAGAAAGACAAUUAGUUUCUGGUGAAAAAAAAUUACACAACCUUCUUCUCUAACCUCAAAUGAAGCGAUAUGUAAUAAUGAACUACAGUGUUGGCUCAUGUUGCUUUAAAUCCAUCAGUUUAACAUUGUGCAAACUACAUUACUGCACAUUUGCAUUAUGUUGUACUUCCUCAAACACACCUCCUUAUGUGAUUGCUGACAAGUGAAAACACUAGCAGCAAGCCUCCUGAAACCAGACACACCUUGCAUAUAGAGUUUUAUAUGAUUCUGCGGAAUAUCAGAGUUGUGUAGAAGUAUGUCAUGUUACAAGUAAUUUAGAUAACAUUUUAAAGAGUUUAUACAUAAUUGUUUUCAGACCUGUUAUUUCACAUGAAAAAGCUGACAAACUGUACAUGUGGUAUUUAAAAUGUUUCAUACUGCAAUGUGUGAGAAAUGACAUGCAGUUUGCAUAAUGCUUUCUGUUUACCUUUUGUCAACUUUACAUCUAUAGCCCCAGUAUAAAGAAAAGAAAAAGCAAAUUUUUAUCCCAAAAUAUGACUUAUUUUAUCUGUGAUUUUCACUUUGUGUUUUCAUUUUAAUUUAAUGCUUUAUUACUAGUUUUUUGUUGUUGCUAAAUACAUUGUUUUUGGCAGGUGAAAUUUUUAGAAUAAAU